AUGAGGGAGAGAGAAGCGGGGGAGGAGCCGAUUCGGUGGGAAGACGCCAUCGACGUCGACGACUCCGAUCUCCUUCACCUUCUCGUCCCUUCCUCCUCUUCUUCUCCCCAUCCCCAUACCCUUUCCUCCCUCCCUCCCCCCCUCCGGCCGUGCUCCCGAUUCCCUCCCCCUCCUCAAACCCUCGCCCCCGUCCCUUCUCCAUCUCCUCCCUCCGUCCACCGAUCCGCCGAGGAGCCUUCUCCCUUGCCAGCUACCACUACCCCACUCAUCCCCGGCCCUGCUGGCGCUGUUCAGGCCGCUUUGCGCCGCCAGUCUGCCUCCGCACGUCGAGACAGGCCGCUCUUGGACGACCACCGGAUGGAUGAUCACGGAAUGGAUCUCGACGAGGAAGAUGGGGAUUUCAAGCUCAACCCUUGGCUUUGCGCGUUGGAGUUUCUAGGGGAGGACUGCGACCUGGUUUGGCCGAUUGAUUCGAUCAAGACCCGGGCUACUGCGCGAGUGCCUCAGGUUGUAGGGAUCGUCAAAUCCUGUUCGCCAAAUGGAUUGGGCAACCUGUUUCUGACCCUGAAGGAUCCGACAGGCUCGAUUGGGGCCUCCAUCCAUCAUGGAGUCUUCUCGGAUUGCAAUCUCGAUGGUGAUAUUUCUGUUGGCUGUGUCCUUAUUCUCAAGCAGGUGGUUGCUUUCUGUCCAGCUCGCUCCAUUUGUUAUCUAAAUGCGACAUCAAAGAAUGUUGUGAAGCUGAUCAAUAAGGACUGUGGACCCCCUCAUAAGAAUGUGGAAUCUGGAUUUGGGACAAUGAGAGUAAAACCAACCCAGUCGAAUGUAGCUGAAACUAGUUUAGAUGAAUCUGGAAAGAACUAUGAUCAUAAUACAAUGAUGGGCAAUCAAAAAAUAGGUUUUGUUGGAGAGAUGUCAUCUGAAACCUGUGCUAAGGUUUCCACCACAACAGUUGCUGGCAGGCCUGACCCAGGACACUUGAAAAGACUUUGGUCAGUAGCUGGAGAACAAGCUGCAAUGCUUAGAGUUAAUGCUCGGAAAGAAGUGACAAAAAGUUUGAACCCCCAAAGGACGAUAGAUGGGGAUGAUGAGUGUCUUGCUCGAAGAUUACCUUUUAGCAAUACUAUCACAGCUGCCACUACAUUGAUGUCUUCCGAGCCUAGUUGUUAUUUAGCAGGUGAUAUAGAAAUCGUAGUUGGGGAAGCUGCAGAAUCAAUAGUAGGGCACAGAGCUUAUGCUGACAAUGAAGUAAGAAGAACUUUGAACUGUGAAAGAGUGAUUGACAGUAGCAAAAUGGAUGCUGGCAGAAGUUUUCAAUGUGAUACUAUCGCCAAAACUUCCACCACAACAAUGCCCUCCAAGUCUGACCUUAGAAUAAAUGAAGCUAAAAGGUCGAUUCCCAAAGUUUCUGUUGCACAAUGGACAGAUGAACAACUAUUGGAACUAUUUUCUGAUUACCCAGAUGAAGUCGAGUUAGUUAAAACCAGUCUUUGAUAUAUCAACAAGAUGGAGUCAGCUACUUCAUGGGUUUUGAAUUCUGCUUUCUAGGCUCGUCUUGGAUCAAUAUCAGGUAUCUUAAGCACCACAGUUCCUGCAUGUGUUGCAUGAAAAAUGCUUUGUGCUGAUAAAAUUUAUAUAAAAAGCACCAAAGAGCUGAACUGUUCCAGACCUCUCUUACAAGAGGAAACCGAAAGGUAUUACUAGACGAAAUCAAUUUACCUUCCAGGGUUGCAUUUGAUUCA